AUGCUUUCCAAAACUGCAACUCUGAUCCUUGCGCUGACGCCCAGUUCCCUCGCUUGGGAAUGGGGCAAGUCAGGCAAGUGGACUGGCACGCAGCGGAUGAACUGUCAUGGUGGUUCUUCUUACAUCAACUAUACCACUGUCACUGGGCUUUUCCGGCAGGAUGAUGUAGCCACUGACGCCAGUACGUUUGACUACACCACAUCAAACUAUGGGUUGAUUAAUCAGACGUAUGAGACUGAUGCAGAGUUCGAUCCCAAUGGCACCAAAACCCAGUGGGAACGCUUCGAGUAUUACGUGAACACUCUCAACGAGGAGGCAGGUUCCAAUACUCAGUACAAGGUCGUAUACUUUGCUAGACACGGCGAAGGCUACCACAAUGCUGCGGAGACUUUCUACGGUACACCAGCGUGGAACUGUUACUGGUCCGAGCAAGACGGCAACGGCACCGUAACAUGGGCCGAUGCUUACUUGACGGAGGCUGGUCUCGCGCAAACAACCAAGGCGAACAGCUUCUGGAAGGGGCAGCUAGCAACCCAGAAGCAACCCGCGCCCCGGUCCUACUACACCAGCCCGCUGAACAGGUGCACCAUCACCGCGAACCUGACCUUCAACGGGUUGGACUUGCCUGAGGAGUACCCUUUCGUGCCGACGGUCAAGGAGCUUUUCCGUGAGGGCAUCAGCAUCCACACGUGUGACCGCCGCAGUAACAAAAGCCACAUCGAAACCUUGUUCCCUUUCUAUCAGAUCGAGGCGGGCUUCACCGAGUACGAUGAGCUCUGGAAUGGAACAUAUGCCGAGACCUCGGCUGCGCAGGCAGUACGAAGCAAGAAAGUGCUUGACGAUGUAUUCAGCAACGACGAUAACACUUGGAUCAGUGUCACCAGCCACUCGGGUGAGAUCAAGAGCUUGCUGUCCGUUUUAGGCCACCGGGCCUUCAGCCUGUCCACGGGUCAGGCAAUUCCGGUUCUCGUCAAGGCCGAUAACUUGAGAAAGGCGGAUGCACCGACUACCACUGUAUCGAGCUGGAGUUUGGACCCCACUUGCGCAGCACCGCCAGUCACGAGCAUUGCGGGUACAGGAUGUCUGUGCUCGUCGGCUUCGUCGACACUGGCCAGUGCUACGGCUACCAUCACUGCAGCUUAA